AGCCCUAUUGAAGGGCUUUUGUCUUGUUUUUCACCAGAGCCUAGCAUCCUCUUCAAUUCCAGCUAGAAUGCGGUGGCAAGCACUUCGCAGAUUUGGUCAAAAGCUGGUACGCAGACGUACGCUGGAGCCAGGCAUGCCUGAUACUCGCCUUGUCAGAUGCUUAACCACUCUGGAUUUAGUGGCCCUAGGUGUGGGCAGCACACUGGGUGCAGGCGUGUAUGUGCUGGCUGGCGAGGUGGCCAAAGAUAAAGCAGGGCCAUCCAUUGUGAUCUGCUUUUUGGUGGCUGCUCUGUCUUCUGUGUUGGCUGGGCUGUGCUAUGCGGAGUUCGGUGCCCGGGUCCCCCGUUCUGGUUCUGCGUAUCUCUACAGCUAUGUCACUGUUGGUGAGCUCUGGGCCUUCACCACUGGCUGGAACCUCAUCCUCUCCUAUGUUAUUGGCACAGCCAGUGUGGCUCGGGCUUGGAGCUCAGCUUUUGACAACUUGUUUGGGAACCAUAUCUCUGAGACUCUGAAAGGGGCUAUCUCACUUCACGUGCCCCAUCUCCUUGCAGAGUAUCCAGAUUUUUUUGCUAUGGGCCUUGUGCUGCUGCUCACUGGGUUGCUGGCUCUGGGGGCGAGUGAGUCGGCCCUGGUGACCAAAUUGUUCACUGGAGCUAACCUUUUGGUCCUUGGAUUUGUCAUCAUCUCUGGUUUCAUCAAGGGCAAGCUGGAUAAUUGGAGGCUCUCUGAGAAGGACUAUGAGGUGGCUCUGAGUGGACUCAAUGUCACCUCUAGCUUGGGCCCACUGGGCUCUGGAGGAUUUGUGCCUUUCGGCUUCGUGGGGAUUCUCCGUGGCGCAGCUACCUGUUUCUACGCAUUUGUUGGUUUCGACUGCAUUGCUACCACUGGGGAAGAGGCCAAGAAUCCGCAGCGGUCCAUCCCCAUGGGCAUUGUGAUCUCGUUGUUCAUCUGCUUUUUGGCGUACUUUGGUGUCUCUUCGGCCCUCACCCUCAUGAUGCCUUACUACAAGCUGCAGCCUGAGAGCCCUCUGCCUCAGGCAUUUCUCUAUAUCGGAUGGGCCCCUGCCCGCUAUGUUGUGGCUGUUGGCUCCCUCUGUGCUCUUUCUACCAGCCUCUUAGGCUCCAUGUUUCCCAUGCCUCGGGUGAUCUACGCAAUGGCAGAGGAUGGCCUUUUGUUCCAUUUCCUUGCCCGGAUCCACCAUGGCACACAUACUCCCAUCAUGGCCACUGUGGUCUCUGGAGUGAUUGCAGCAUUCAUGGCAUUCCUGUUUGAACUCAGUGAUCUUGUGGACCUCAUGUCAAUUGGGACCCUGCUUGCUUACUCUCUUGUGGCCAUCUGUGUUCUCAUCCUCAGGUAUCAGCCUGACCAGGAGAUGAAGACUGGGGAUGAGGACGAACAGUUGCAGGAGGAGAAGACACCUAAAACAGAGAAACUGACCUUUCAGGGACUGUUUUAUCCAGUCCAUUCUAUCCCAACUCCACUCUCUGGUCAAAUUGUCUAUGUUUGCUCUUCAUUGGUUGCUCUGCUGCUGACUCUCCUUUGCCUGGUGUUGGCCCAGUGGCCAGGUCCUCUGUUUUCUGGAGACCCAGUGUGGAUUGCAGUGGUUGUAUUGCUCCUGAUGCUCAUAACUGGAAUCAUUGGUAUCAUUUGGAGACAGCCACAGAGUUCUGUCCCCCUUCAUUUUAAGGUGCCUGGUUUACCUCUCCUCCCACUAAUCAGCAUGUUUGUGAAUGUUUACCUCAUGAUGCAGAUGACAUCUGGAACAUGGGCUCGAUUUGGGGUCUGGAUGAUGAUUGGGUUUGUGAUCUACUUUGGCUAUGGAAUCUGGCACAGCCUGGAAGAGCUUAAGAAUGUCAAACCCUCACUUAAGUCUAGGGCUAAAAUUCUAAAUCUUCAUGUUAGCAGUUCCUGUAACCACUAGAUUUGACACCAUCACAUCUGAAUGUUCUCUAUUCCCCCUCAUAAUGGAGAGUGCUCUUGACCCCAAGGAGGGCCAGAUCUUUCCCUUGCGGUGUUGAUGGAAGAUACUAAGUGGGCUCUGUAUUUAUCAUAGAGUAAAGAUGUGUCUUUCCGCUUUCUUGCCUCUUUUUUUUUUUAACUUACCUACUUUCAAAUGGUCUGUGUAGUUGCU